ACGGAGGAGAGCCCCCUCCUCCCUCCCGCUCCUCGCCUUUCGCCCACCCGCGGCGCUGCGAAGAUGCACCUUGGCCGCUGCCUGGUUGCAGCUGAGCAGCUCUGACACAUUCUGCUUUCUCCGACCUCGCCAUGGACAGCUUCGACUUGGCUCUCCUGCAGGAAUGGGACCUGGACUCCCUCUGUGUCUAUGACCCUGACCGAAAUAUGCUGCGGAGGAAAGAAUGGGAGAGGAGAAAUCAGGAGAUCCAACAUGAUGAUGGUUUAUUUAACGCUACUUACUCUCUCUUCAGUGAACCAUACAAGACUAGCAAGGGAGAUGAACUCUCCAGUCGUAUCCAAAAUACACUAGGUAACUAUGAUGAAAUGAAAGAGCUGUUGACUGAUCGAUCCAAUCAAAGCCAUCUUGUUGGAGUUCCAAAGCCCUGUAUUUCACAAACAUCAGUGAACAAAGCUGAUGAACUUUUCAUUACUGACCCAAAGCCCCAUGCUCAAGCUUCCAUUUGCAGUCCUCCAUCUUCCUUACCAGUGGUGCUUUCUGGGCAGCUGAGCAAGAACACUGCAGUGGUUUGGCAGAAGUCUGAGUCCACUUUGGAGAGCCAGCAAAGGGGAAACAAACAUAGGCAUGGAUUGUCAGAUUCACACAAUAAUGACUUCAGAACAGCUAACCAAAAAAACAAUGUGGAAAAGAUUAAACGUUAUGCAUCCAGUCCCUCAUCACCAUCUUCAUCAAGUACCAUCCAAGGUCCUUUACCACCCUCACUUGGAGAAAACAUCAGAACACAACAGCAAUCAAAGCUGAGUUGUGGUACAGAAGUUGCAGUUCAGGCUCAGGAAAGGCCAGCCAUGCAUAGCAGUGGACACUGUGUGCAGAACUUUCCUCCUUCGCUUGCUUCAAAGCCCAGUAUAGUUCAGCAAAAACCAACCGCAUAUGUAAGGCCAAUGGAUGGUCAGGAUCAGGCUCCUGAUGAGUCUCCAAGACUGAAGGUGCCAGCUGAAACUAGCAUACUCUGCAGCUCAUUUAGAGGGAUGCCUUCAACUAAAAUAGACUCUUCUAGGACCAAGUCAAAAAUGACAAAAUUCAGUAUUCCCAAGCAAGAAGAGGACAAUGGGAUAGGAGAUGACAGCUGUGUUGAAGAAAUUUUACGGGAAAUGACGCAUUCUUGGCCUCCACCGCUUUCUGCUAUUCACACACCUGGCAAAGUGGAACAAAACAAGUUCUCUUUUACAAACAAGGACUCACAGCAUGCCUCUACAGGACACAGCAAUCAAAGAAAAGCUGAUGUUGAGCCAAAGAAUCCAGAAAACAGUGCUUCGCAUGCAUCAAUGUUAGAAGAUGACCUCAAGUUGAGUAGUGAUGAAGAGGAGAAUGACCAGCAAGCAGCACAGAGAUCUGCUCUCCGGGUUCUGUCUGACAGCACUGCUGGGCAGCCAUCCAGUUGCAGAAUCUCUGGGGUCUCCAGCAAGUGCUCAAGCAGCAGCAGUUCCAGUGAAUCUGAGAGCAGUUCCGAAUCUGACUCGGAAAGUGAAAGCAGUUCUACUGAGAGUGACUGCAACAAGCCCUCUCAUUAUUCCAGCCCAGAGCCAGAGCAGCCAUCGUCAAACAAGUGGCAAUUGGAUAAAUGGUUAAAUAAGGUUAAUCCUCAGAAAGCACCUAUUUUGAACCAAAACAAUAACCAUGGACUGGAGACCUUUCAGUAUUACAGCAAGGUAAAAGAUGAAGGGAAAGACUGUGAAAGUACACUUGUGGCUUGCCAAAUAGAUCUCAAAGAUAAAGAGGUUAAGCAUUCCAACAAAGAGGAGCCAAGGCCUAGAACAGCUAAUAAAGCCCCAGGGCAUAAAGGUGGCAAGCAAAAAUCACCUCCUUCAGCUGCUGCAGUUUCUGUAGACAGUGGCCCUCAGAGAAGGACAUCAUGUAAAAAACAGCCAAGAAGGACAGAGAGGACCUCUGGUGGUGAUAACUUAAACAGCCUUGUAGUGGAUGAUCUUGUCUUGAACCAAGUUCUUUUGGAAAAUAGCAUAUGUGAACAACCUAAAACCAGGCCUUGUAACAGCAAAGUUGAGCACAGAAAGGAACCACGAUGUGUUACUGCCUUUGAAAAGAGACGUACAAGAGGAACUGGUAAAACGGCACCCAAAUCCAAGGAAUUUAUUGAGACAGAAUCUUCAUCUUCAUCUUCAGCAUCUUCAGAUUCAGAUUCCCAGUCUGAACGAGAGGAAUAUUCUCUACUCAAAUCUCAAAUUGUGGCCUCAACUACAGUUGCAAAUGAGCAGAAACUGAAGGACUCUGGGAGUAAUAAUACCAGCAAAGCAAACACCAGCUGUAGUGCCUUUGGUUCAGUUAACACCAGGACUAGUAACGAUAUAGCAAAGGAACUGGAGGAGCAGUUUUACACAUUGGUUCCUUUUGGUAGGAAUGAGCUCCUGUCUCCUCUGAAAGACACAGAUGAAGUAAAAACACUUUGGGUCAAAAUCGAUUUGACUCUUUUGUCCAGAAUCCCACAGCAUUUACCUGAGGAGCCACUGGUAAUGAACACUGGAAUUAAAGAAGCAGUCAGUAUGCAGCAUAACAUUGUGACUGACCUGCCUGCUGAAAAGGCUACCCCAAAAUCUAGACGGAAACGCAAGUAUGAAAAUGAGAGUGAAAAUAGAGAGAGCAAGAAGUUUCACACCGAGCAAGAGUGCUCCUCACAUUUACUUGCCUCUGCUCAGGUUAUUUCAACAGCAGACCAUUGCAACAUGAUGAAAAACAGCUUUGCAACACCAAUAAAUAAAAAUGAGAAAAUGCUUCGGUCACCUGUUUCGCCUCUCUCGGAUGCAUCAAAACACAAAUUCUCCAGCGAUGAUUUAACUUCUUCUAGCAGACACAAUGUUGGCAACCUCUUCUCUUCAGUAUCCUCAAACAAAAAACAUAAAAGUGAGAUCCAGUCCCACCUGCACCCUGGAGAUUACAGUAAAACCAUGCUCAUCAAUUCAGAAAAUGCUCUACUCUGCAACAAGUCACAGUACCACAAAGAGCCCUGGUCUCCUAUAUGCAGUAUGCGCAAAGUCUGUAAAAGAACAAAGUUCAUCGUUAAUGAUGGGCCUCACAAUAUCGAUCACUUCAUGCAGGAAGCUAAAAAGAAGAAGCAUAAAGCAGAUGCCAUGGUGGAGAAAUUUGGCAAGGCAUUGCAUUAUGCAGAAGCUGCGUUAUCAUUUAUUGAAUGUGGAAAUGCUAUGGAACAAGGACCUAUGGAAUCAAAGUCCCCCUACACAAUGUAUUCGGAAACAAUUGAACUCAUCAGGUACGCUGUGAGACUAAAGACUCACUCAGGCCCUAAUGUGACUCCAGAAGAAAAACAGUUAACAGCAUUAUGUUACCGCUGUUUGGCACUUCUGUACUGGAGGAUGUUUCAGCUCAAAAGAGAUCAUGCUGUAAAAUAUUCAAAAGCACUUAUUGAAUAUUUCAAGCAGAAUUCAUCUAAAGUUGCUCAGGCACCAUCUCCAUGGGGUGCAAGUGGAAAAUAUACAGGAACACUCUCUCCCAUUUCACCUAGCCCAUCUCCCGUGAGUUCUGUAGGGUCCCAGGGAAGCACUGGAGCCCCUUCGCCAUCAUCCAUAAUCAGCAUUCCACAGCGAAUCCAUCAGAUGGCAGCCAAUCAUGUUAGUAUCACGAACAGCAUCUUGCACAGUUAUGACUACUGGGAGAUGGCUGACAAUAUUUCCAAGGAAAGCCAAGAUUUCUUUAAUGAUUUGGAUGCAUUGAUGGGACCGGUCACCUUGCACAGCAGUAUGGAACACCUAGUUCAAUACACACAACAAGGACUCCACUGGAUAAGGAGUAGUGCACAGUUGUCCUAAUAACUGUGCGUUCAUCUGGACACUAGAUUCUCCCACAGACAAUUCAGUUUAUUCUAGAUACUGUGCUACAGAAAUUGUCAACUGCAGCAUUGCUUCAAACAAAUGUGAAUAUUUCUUCAACACUCAACAAUAUUUUUUCACAGUGCAGAAAUAGCUGUGUAUGUAUAUUAUGCAAUGUUUGUCUCUUCUGAUGUAUUAUACUUUAAUAGUCUCCAGAUAUCACUUUUAUAAAGAAAAAAACUAAACAUAGGCAUGUUAGAACAAACUCUCUCACAUUCAUGCAUACACACACACACACACACCCUUCCAGUACUUUGACACCUAACCAGUACUUCAUGAAUUGAUUUAACCAAGAAUAAAACACAGUGAAACUGUUCACGUGAGCAGCCCUACCCAGGCUUGAGUAGUUCUUCCUGAGUAGGGCUGCUCGUGUGAAGUGCCAGGAUUGGAGUCGAUUCUGGCGCUGCCUCCCCCAGUAGCCCGAGUUUGUUAUUCAGGUUUCUACCUGGGUAAAAGGGUGCAAGCUCAUCCUUUUACCCAGGUCCAGGGUCCAGGUGUAUGCUUGGGCUACAGGCAGCCCGAGCAGACACAGAGCUGGGCGCCUAGAACAUCUGGCUCACAGGGAAAUCCCUCAAUGCACCACACUCCUCAUGCAGUGCAUUAAGGGAUAUCUGGAGGCUGGGCUCCAUUUUCCUAGCCUCCAGAGAUCCACGCUGCUCAGAACAGUGUGGAUUGUGUGGCCACAUGAGAUGCAUACCACACAGCAGAGCGAUGAUCGUCUGGGGGGAUAGUAGUUUCGACCCUGCCUUUCCCCCCUUAGAAACUGUCAUGUGAAUUACCUCAGGGGUUGAAAUCCUGACUAAAGCAGUGUGGACAGAAGGAAGAAGCAUCUGUUCUGUGGAGAGCUUCCUCACUGUCUCUAUGCUUGGGCACAGGCACCGGGGGAAUGAUUUCCUGCUAUGCCCUUGGCCACCUGAAGUGUCCUAUGCCUUCUGAAAAUAUGUCCCUGAAAGUCAUGCAGCCCUCAGGACAUAUUUUUGGAAGCACACAGCACUUCUGGAGACACAGAAGACUGGCAAAAAAUCACUCCCCUCCCCUUGCCUACCACACAGGUGCCGUGACAGUGGGGAAGCCUCCAGCUGCGUUAAGAGCAGCUUCCCACUGCGAGGACACGCCUCCCAUUGUGUCCUUCCUGCUUUAGGAUGUCAGCCAAUGCAUCUACUUGGAAAACCCUUUUCCACUGGACUUGAAGUACAUUCAUAAAUAUCAGCUCAGCUCUUCAGAUCAUCGAUGGUUUCCUGAAAUAGGCCAAGUGCAGGCUCACUAAGGCUGUAUUAUAGAGCAUAUUUCUUCUGUUCUGUUCUGUUCUGUUCAUUAUAACAGUGAUGGCGAGCGUCUCUAUUCUUGAGGGCCAUUCUGCUUCCUACACAAUAAUCUGGAGGUCAGUUUGUCAUGCAUACUCCUCCCUCCUAUAAUCCCCGCAACUGGUCUGACUAAAAAAUGAAUUUGAUGACAUGAAACGGCAAGAGCUAGGAGCAUUGGAAGCUGUCUUAUUUUGAGUCAGACCCUUGGUUCAUCUAGCUCAGUAUUAUCUGCACUGACUGGCAGCAGUCUCCCAGAGUUUCAGGCAGGAGUCUUUCCCAGCCCUAAGGUGGAGAUGCCAAAAAUUGAGCCUGCAUGCAAAGCAGAUGCUCUGCCACGGAGGUACAGCCCCAUCCCAGCAAUGGAGUACAUGCACUCAUGCAUAACAUUAUAUACAAACCUCUAUAUUUCCAUGUUGCAUAUAUAUUUCCAUUACAUCAGAUGCAACAAAUGAGGAAUUAUGCAACAUUGAAAUGUAGAAUAUAUCUAUUACUUAAAACCAAAACGGUUUGGGGUUUUUUCCCCUCAUGAGUAAAACUGUGGGCAAACAUUGUACCAUAAAUUGAUUAAAAUUUGGUUGCUUGUGGGUCUUACAGUAGAAUAUGCAGACAAAAAGGCUGUUCCGUGGUCAUUUUACACAUAAUAUGUAAUCUUUAUUUCUAAAAUCAUAUUGGUUUUGUAAAGCAUUUUUCACAUGUAUGUAUACUAUACUAAGCAAACACUUUUUAAAAUGAUGGCUAAUACAGAAUGGAAGAGGACUGGAGAAAGUAUUUCUAUCAAAAGCACCAUUUCAAAACCAACUAUGGCUGAUUUAGCCACAAAACUUAUUCUACUACAUAGGUGUUUAUACAUCACACAUUUUUAUAUACAUUUAGCAAAGUAACUGGUGUGCAGUUUAUGCUAGAUUUAUGCAGCAGUUACAUCCAACUCUAUUCAUCUGGAAGGCUAGAUUUGCUACUUUCUACAUGAAACAGUUUCCUGUCCUUUUCUGUAACUAUGCUUUUGUGAUUCCAUAUUUACAAAUUGUCUUCAGCGCCUGCUGACAGGCUGUUAGUCCAGGGAAAUUAUUCUAGCAAUAAUUAAAUUCCACUUCAAUCAGAUAAAGUCACAUCAGCUGACCUGUGCAUUUGAUAAAUUAUUCUUUUAAAAACAAAAAACAACAAACUCUUGCAGCACCUUAGUAGACUCGCACAUUUAUUGUGGUGUACACUUUUGUAAGCCAAAGCCCAUUUUGUCAAAUGCCUGAAAUUGUCACCUAAGUGUAUAUAUGCACAUCAUGAGUACAGAGACGAAAGGGGGCAAAGUGUUUACAAAUGCUCAUGCAGUAUAAGAGAGAGCAGUGCUAUGCAGAGCACCAAUGAAUACAAAAUCUUCUUUAAUCAUUUUGUUUUUGCUUUUGGAUAAAUCUUAUUGUUUCGUGUUUUUAUCCUAAAAUGUUCAGUGUUUCUUGUGUAACCUAUUCCAAAUUUACCAGUUUAAAUACACACAGACAACCAGAACUUCUGUGUUGUUUUUAUUUUUAAGUGACAAUAUCAUCACUGGGGUUCCCAAGGUUAAAGAGAAACACCACUUGUUAAAUGAAAUAGUCACUGGUUUCUUCAGCAGUGAAAACUGCUAUGCUGAGAAAAAGAAGAUUUAAGUUCCAGAAACUUGUAUGAUUUUCUUCUGUGUGCAGAUAUCACUUUUCUGGACUGCAACCCAAAUAUACAUCUUAUAGAAUAUUGCCUAUAAUGUUCAAAAGAGAGACCCAUAAUCAAUUCCUGUAUUUGACUCUCUCAGUGCCACGUAUAGAAUAAUUUAGCAUUACAUCAUAUUUGACAUCAUUUAUUUACAUCAUAUUUGACAUCAUUUUAACUGAUUUAAUGCUGACUAUCAGAUACUAAAAAAGAAAUGUAAAUAGGUUUUUAUAUAUGGACAAUAUCUCCAUAAUUUAAGAAUGUGAGGCAGUUAUCUCAAAAUAUAAAAUAGACUAAUGUAUGGGGGGAAUUCAGCGGCUGAAGAAUACUGGUAGACAAGUGUAAGAAAGGGUAAAUUGCAUGGAUGCUGGAGGGCUUUUAGUUAUUGCACAAUGAUUAUUAUUUGCCUGCCCUCAGCUUAUGAAAGUCUUGUAUUUACUAAAGUGGGGUUUGAUUAGAAUGAUCUUACUAUCUCAGCUAUUUUAAUGCUGUUAAGAAAAUAUUUUCAAGCUUCUGAUACAUAAUCACUGAACUUCUUUUUUAAAGUUCCUUUUGUUUUUCUUGAAACACUUGGUCCUAAAAUUGGUCUUCAGGGCUAUUUAAGGUAUUUUUUAAAAAAUCACUUACCUUCUUUUGUAUUAAACAAAAUAUAGUGUUCCCUUUACAUUUCAUUUCACUUUACCAUACAUGUAAUGAACUUGUGCCCUUAUCUAGGAACCCUUUGUAGCCACAGGGGUGUCAAAACGCAGAGAUCAUUCACACAAUCAAAAACUGUGUUCUACCCGGGUUUGGGAGCUGUGUGUGCUACCAAUUUUUGGUUGUGCGGAAGCAAGGUGGGAGAAAACCCUGGAUAGCUUUUCCUCCUACCUUGCUUCCACACAAUCGCUUCUACCCAGGUUUUUCUCCUACCUUGCUUCCACACAACCAAACA